AUGGGGGCUGCGCCUGAUCAGGGUCAUACGAAAAAGUCGACUGAGAAGCCUGAAUGGAAUGGAUCCAAUGGAAACUCUUCUCAAUUGCUCCCCUACGACUCAACAAGCAUUGUCAAUUUGAUCAACACCCAGUCACUCUUUAUCCUCACGACCAGUCUCUUGCAACAACAAUGGCGUUGGUACCCAGGACCUCGAAUUCGGGUGCUGCCCGCGCGGACACUACUCCCUCGCGGCUCUACUCAAUCAAAUCCCGGGGAUGUCCUUGCAGAUCUGGGAACCCCGUUUCGAGGAUCUCAUGGACCAGAAGAAGACCGGGAUGCAGUAUCCGAGCCCUUGCCGUCUUUCAAAGCAGGAAGAAUCGUCUGUGUGGAUCUCGAAGCUGCCCUGGAUCUAGUGACCAGUCGAACAUGCUACUCGAAGCCGGGCAGACUUGACAGAACUGCCUGUGGGAUGUUCGACAAGUAUGACAAGCAAAUCGAAGAAAAGCGAAAGGAUGGCAGGGACGUUCGGCGCAUCUGCGAGCGUGAAACAGACAGCCACGAGGGGGCCCCCGAAUGA